CUUACAAUUUGCCUUUAAAAACAUCACUUAUAGCCUUCCCAUUCAACAUCAAUCAAAGCAUAUAGCCAUGGCUUCCAACAAACUCUCUGCCAUCAUUUUAGUUCUUUCUCUGCUUGCUUACUCAACAUUCACUGAGGCUUGUGGCUCAUGCAAACCCACACCUACCCCAAGUUCACCAUCACCCACACCUAAGCCAACACCACCUACACCAAAGCCUUGUCCUCCUCCAGCACCAGCACAACAACACUGUCCCAAAGACACAUUAAAGCUAGGGGUUUGUGCUGAUCUAUUAGGGCUUGUUAACGUUAUUGUUGGAACUCCUCCUUCAAGCAAGUGUUGUGCAUUGAUCAUGGGUUUGGCAGAUUUGGAAGCCGCACUUUGCCUUUGCACUGCUAUUAAGGCUAAUGUUCUUGGAAUCAAUUUGAAUAUACCUGUCACGCUCAGUUUGAUCCUUAGUGCUUGUGAAAAAACAGUUCCUCCAGGUUUCCAAUGUGCCUAGCUAGGUUCAUUCGAAUUAGGUUAUGUCUCAUUUAAUUUGUCGUAAGAGAAAUGUUUAAAUAUGCACUAGAAUCAUUGGAUUGAUGAUUCAGUGCCUGUCUAAGAAUUUCUUUGGCAAUAGUUGCUUUUCUGUUAUUGUGUUUUUCAUAUAUUAAUGUUGUUCUUUUUCUUCGUUUUAUGGAAAUUAUUGUCGUUUUGAUGGCGA